AGUAUACCCCUGUAUACAUCAUCUUCACGCAUAUUUGUCUUGUGCACACACGACUCGCAAUCCCACAAAACGCGCAACACCCGGAGUUUUGACACGAUUCCCCGCAAUACUUUGCGCCAGACGACGCGCGCAGCACCUGCCCUUGCCAUAAGCUGCGCUGAAAGGAUGUCAGCAGACGAGUUCACUGUGCACCUGCAUUGGCGUGGCGGUGCGCACACUGUAACCAUCGCGCAUGCUGACCCCACCCUCGAGGAGCUUGGUCGAGCCAUCUGCGCCCAGUGCGGGGCCGCGCUCGAAACAGUGAAGCUGCUGGUGUCUGGGCGGAAGGGCUACAUCGCUCCCGCGCAGGCGCCUGGCACCAAGGCGUCUGAGGCCGGCCUGGUACCUGGCUGUAGGCCGCUGCUGAUUGCCUCCCGAGCUGAGGACGUGGACCAGGUGCGGCGGGCGCCACGCGACGCGACGCUCACCCGCGGCUUCGACGAGGAGCUGAAACGCGCCGCACGCCGCCGCCGCACCGCCACCGCAGCGCAGGCGCAGCCGCCGCGGGCCGAGUACACGUUCGGCCGCUACGAGGCCUGGCAGGUUCCAGGGCUGCAACCGCCGCCCUCAGAAGCACUCAAGCUGCUGUACAGGCUGGCUAACGACCCCGGCAUUCUGGGCAUCAUGGCGGCACACCGCUACAAAGUCGGGCUGCUGCGGGAGAUGCCGCCGGAGGGCAAGGUGGGCAUCUCGCCGGUGUGUGUUCUGGGCCUCAACACCAACGCCGGCCAGAGCAUUGACCUACGACUGCGCACCGAUGACCUCAAGGGCUUCCGAAAGUACGAGCGCAUCCGCGAGACGCUCAUCCACGAGCUGGCCCACAACGAGUUCAGCGAGCAUGGCGCCGACUUCAAGGAGCUCAACUCGCGCCUGGGUCGCGAGUGCGCGGCCAUAAACGCCAGGUACUCGAGCGGCCACGCCGUGCUGGACGCCGCGGCGGCGGCGGGCGGCCACGGCGGCGCGGACGGCGACACCCGGGCCUCCGAGCUGGACGCCGUGUGGCUGGCGGAUGAGGAUGGCGUCAUGGCGGCCACGGCGCGCAUGUCCGGCCGCACGCUGCGACAGCUGGCGGCGGCGGGAGGGGCGGCAGGGAAAGGGGCGGCAGGAGGAGCGGUAGCAGGAGCAGCGGCAGCAGGAAGAGGUUUGGCAGGGACGGGAGCAGCGCGGGUUCUGCCGCCGCGGCUUGUGGCGGCCGCGGCGGCGCUGCAGCGCAGCCAGGAGCAGCAGCAGCGGGCACGGCAGGAGGUCGCUGCGGCCGCGGCCGCGGCCGUCGCCAGCGGCAGUGCCUUGCCUGCGCCUCUUGGCCUGGCUGCUGACGCGGCGCCGGGCACACCCCAGCUCGCAAACACCACUGGCAUCAGCGGCACCAACGGUGGCGACACACUGAUGCAGGAGGCGGAAGCGAUGCAGCAGGGCGAGGGCUCCGGCUCGGACUCUGGCUCGGUCACGGGCUCAGCUGAUGGGGCUGACGAGGACGUGCGGCGGUUUGAGCACUUUGAUGCGGACACGGCGGCGGCGGAGGCGGCCAUGCGACGACUGGAAGGCGGCGGAGGCGGAGGCGCGGGCGAGGCCGAGGCUGAGGGAGAGGGCGAGGUUGUGAAGGGAGACGUUGGCGGCGUGGCUGGCGGCGGCGCUGUGGAUAUGGUGCAGGAGGAGGCGGUGGCGGCGGUGCCGCCUGCUGCGGAUGCUGCAGGCGGCGUGCCAGCCGCUGGCGGCGACAGCGCUCGUGGCGCACACGCAAGCCGCGAUGAUGGCGUCGAUGGAAGCCUUGCGGAUCUCAUGGACGUGGAUGUCUCUGGCGCCCACGCCGCAGCGCUUGCUGCGCCCCCGGCAGCGACUGCACCGGCACCAGCGCCAGCGGUAGCAGCCGCAACGGAUGCAACGUUGGGUGGUCCCGCUGCCGCAGCGGCCGCACCGCCGGCCGUGGCGCACGCACCUGCGGCACUGCCGCAGCCGCCGCCUGCUCUCGUGCGGCUGGCGCUCACUCCGCCGCCAGAGCUGGCCCCUGCAGCCGCCGCCGCCGCUGGCGACGGCGGCUCUGCCGACGGCGCCGCCUCUAGCUCGUCAGAGGACGUCGUGCAACAGAAGCUGCGGCAGGCCUGGGCCGCAGUAACACAGCUGGCGGCGGCGCCGGCGGCGACGCCAAGUGACGUCGUCGCUGCGCUUGACACAUUGGAGACCAUGUUGGGCAACGCGGCCCAUUUUCCGGGGGAGGACAAGUACCGGCGGGUGCGGCUGGGCAACGGCGCGUUCCAGAAGCGGGUGGGGCGGCUGCCGGGCGGCACGGCGCUGCUGCGUGUGGCAGGAUUCGUGGAGGAGGUGGAGGGAGCUAGUGUGGGAGGAGGAGGGGCAGGAGGGGCAGGGGUAGGAGGGGCUGCGGGAGGGGAGGCGGUGCUGAGGCUGCGGCGGAAUGACCCAGGGCUGCUGUGGCUGGUGGUGUCGGUGGUGCGGGAGGCGCGCGGGCAGGCCGAGGCGCAGCUGGCGGCGGCGGCGGCGGCAGGUUGUGCAGGAGCGGGCGCGGGUGGUGCGCGGGCGCAAGCGGAGUGAGCAGGUACACGAACGCGUAUGUAUGAGGCAGUGAGCAGCGAUGGUGAGGGCCAGGACAAGGGCCCCACGCGCAGUUCUCUCGGCAUGGGUUAGGGUUAGCUGACCAGGUUGUGGACUGUUCGGGGUUCAGAUAAUAUAAUAAAUGUAGCAUAACGCUGCACGCAGCACCCACAUGGAUAGGCUUCUCGCUGGCAGCGAACGCUCCCCUCACUUCGGAGGUGUUGCAGUUUUAGACACGUCCAACAACGACUUGAACUUGUUCAAGGUUGAA